CGACUGGGUACGAGUCUGUCGACAGGGUGUGCUCAGUGUUUGCAGUUUGUGCCGUUGAAAUGAGUCGAGAGCAACAAGAACAGCCAGAUAUUGUGGAUCCAUCACCAGCUCCCUCAGAAGAAGAAGAUGUUAUUUCAAAAGUGACAGAGCACUUUGGCGAUGCAAUUGCACAGCGAUUUAAAGAUGAAGAUAUUACAUGCCCAGAAGCAAUAGUAGACUUGCUAUCUAAAGAUGCUGAUGCGCCAAUUUACUCAAAGGUUGGCUUAACCUAUGGAAAGGCCCUAAAAUUCAAAAGGAUUUUUGAGGAGUCGUUCCAAUUGCCAAAGAAAUCUUCAUCAGCCUUGCCCAAGUGCAAACCAACAAUGGCAGAGUUGUCAACAUACGAUCCUGAAAUACAAAGACUGUACCUGUCUAAGCGCAAGAAGAUUGGCGCACUUGCCAUGGAAAAGUGGGGUGGGCAACUCCCGAAGUUCAACACUCCCAUGAUGAGAACACAACUGGAAAAGUUUGCUAAAGAAAUUGAAGACCAGUGUUCUGUGCCUGAAAUAAAUUUCACAGUGGAUGGCAUUAUGCAACACACUAAGGAUUUUUUCAGUGAACAGCGGCGUGAAAGAAAAAGAACAAGCCCUCCAGAUUCCUGGUCUCCUAGAACACCAAGUUCUUCUAGGGCUGGCUCUUCAGAUGAGGAAUUCUCACUACAAUGCUCCCAAGCAAAGCUACCUAAAAUGCCUUCCAUGGGCAGUCAAGAUGAUGAGGAACCAGAUGAUGAAGGAUCUGAUAAUGAUGGAUCUGAUGAUGAUGGUUCUGACGAUGACAAGAAAAGUACAGAUACUCUCCCAGAAACUGAACCUACAGUCAUAAAUAACUUACAUAGUAAAGCAGUGAAGGUUAUCAUUAAGGCGGUAUGUGGAAGUAUCCCAAAGGAUAGGGAGGUAAUAGUUGAUGCCUUAAAAAACACUUUUUCAAUAGGUCCAAGAACACUAUUGAACCUUACUCACACCCAAGUGUGUGAGGUGCUGGCCAAAAAAAAUUAUUGCAGGCAAAUAUGUUAAGUGUUUGGCAAAGCCAAAUGAAAUUACAAAAACUGCCCAUGUACAGGUUAUCAAAAAGGUCAAAUUUUGAGCUCAAACAUGUAGUAGCUGUAUGCUAAAGUUUUUACUGGCUUAAGUACAUAGUUGUGUCAGGGACACUAUUGAACCUUACUCACACACAAGUGUGUGAAGUGCUGGCAAAUAUGUUAAAUAUUUGGUAAAGCCAAACGAAAUUUCAAAAACUACCCAUGUAAAAGUUAUCAAAAAGGUCAAACUUUGAGCUCAUAGUACCUGUAUGCUAAUGUUUUCACUGGCUUAAGUAGAUAGUUGUCUCUCCCAGAAACUGAACCUAUACCAGUCAUAAAUAACUUACAUAGUAAAGCAGUGAAGGUUAUCAUUAAGGCAGUAUCUGGAAGUAUCCCAAAGGAUAGGGAGGUAAUAGUUGAUGCCU